AUGAAUAAAAGGUCGCAAGCACUUAAACUACACACCACCGGCCAGGUACUGUCCGGGGCGGCGGGCACAACAGCUACCAGUGGCAUUGAAAAACAACUGGACGACGCAAUUUAUCGGUGCCUGCAUGCCCUAACCAAGCGGCACGAACCGUCCGACGACUUUCGGGCGCACUUUUGUCGCCGAGCGUUCGUUAAACAGAACACAAAAGCGUUCAUCCAGGUAAUACACUUCCUGUUGAACGUGUAUGAUGCGGCUGAAUUCCGGAAGCGGUUCUACUGGCCGAUCUACGAUAAGGGCGCCGAAAACGCGUUCCGCACGGCGACGGUAGACUUUGUGAACCAUCUGAUCGAUUGCGGCAAGCUGGUCGGGAUGGAGAAGGUAAAGGCUCACCUAGUCGUGCUACCGGGAGGUAUCAAGUUUAUGAAAUUUCUUCUUGGUCUUAUCCGCUUUGUACUGCAAGAGGAGUUGCGCAAGAUCCGUCCUUCAGCUCCUGGCGCACCUAAAAUGCUUACUAAGGCCAGCAUGGCCAGCAUGAUUGCCAGCCAUAAACGCUGGAUUGACUUUCAGGAGCGACAGGUUGGGGCUGUGCAAGAAGAGACAAGCAUUCUAUCGUCGCGGAUAUGCAAAAAUAAUGCCCUGUUGAAAAAUAUUCUCCAGAAAAGCGAGUUGGCUCAGCGCAUGACAUAUGAAGGGCUAAUGAUCCUCUGGGAUGAGGUGAUCACCAGGGAGCGCGAGAGUCACGAACAGAAGCACGCGAAAGUGCUGAGCAUUGCGCAAGAGUUUGAAGAAAUCAUCCAGCAGGCGUGGUGUUUACUGAAAGAGCAUGAACAGGAUCUGUCGUUCAGUAAGGAUCAGCUGAAGGAAGUGCAGACCAAGCUGCAGGAGCGCCAUCCGCCGUUGGAAUCCCUGGCUCGAGAAAUGUUCGAUAAGCAUGAAAAGGUAAACCCACUGAAACUGGUCGAGUUCUACAGCGCGCUGCUGCCAGCGGUGGUCGACUUUUUCGAGGCUUUUUGCCCCAAAAAUCAGUCCAUUGUAAAAUUUGAACACAAGGAACUUUCUCGGGCAACGGCAAAGUUGACCGAAAUACGGCAAGAGAUACAGUACCUUUCGCGUACGCUGCCCCUGCUGAAGGAACAAUCAGGGGGGUUCGACUGUGACCCCCGAUCGGCGGUUGUCGCACAUGAUAGCAGCCCCGAGUCCGUGGUUGAUAACUUUGCUAUAAAGAACAAACUGUUCUCCACUCCACCGAUCGUGAUGGACUUCGAGGGUCAGACCGGCGAUGCACCCUUGGCAGGUAGCGGUAGGUGUAGUGCCCGGAUCGCCUUCCUGAACAAAGACGAGGUACAUGCAAUGAAUGCUCGGCUCAAACUAUUAUCGACUAGCAUUUAUCAGCCCCGCACACUGCGCCCUGCCACGGGCAACUCGGUUACGCAGGCCUCUGUGGAAACGGAUAUGGCUUCGACGAAUGUUUUCGCUGUACCACGAGUGGCGCGCAAAGAAAAGCUUAACCCUUUGACCAUGUUGAACCGUAUCAAGGCACAAAGUCAGAGUCAACGGGAAACUUCAAAGCCGGCCAAUAGUUCGAUGAACAUUUCGGCACUGAGCGAGAUGUCGCUACACCCCGAGUUCUCGUCUACCCUGCUAGCAACACCAGAAAAAAUGCACAAACCAUCUCCUGCUAAACCCGCUCCAUCUCCUGCCCCGCCGAAUGUCCCAAUGGGAAAUCUAGCCCACAACUUUUGCCAGAGUUCACCCACCAUGUCCAGUCCACGGUUGCUGGCGAUUUAUGCCGGAACGGCCACACCGAAGUCUGCACUGUCGCCCCGUUUGCUGAUCCCCGGAAUAUCUGGAGGAGCAAAUCGUUGCAGUAGCACCAUUAAAAGGCGUAGCUCUCUUCUCGAGCAGGAAGCGGUACAAACGUCUCCAUCCGGACGACUGGACUCAAUUGUUCGCCAGGGUGAGCUACAUGCUUCCGGCAUCCGAAUUGUCCUGAACGAAAUUGUCGAUCUUACCGUUGAUGGUAGCGAUACGGAAGAAGACAAAACUCUCAGCCCCGAGAAUGGUGGGCAACUGAUGGAUUUUUCGAGAACUCUGCUGGCCAACACCGCGGUUGAACGAACACAGCACGAGACAUUGCACUCGCACAACACUCUUCUCUCGGUGAUGGAAUCGGAAGAAGAAAACUUGUUCAACGUCAGCGACGGUAUAGUCACCGAUAUCGAAUGA